UUUUUCAAAAUAAAAAAAAAACCCUCCUCCUUGAACUGCCAGCUCCAGGACUACGAAAAAUCUGCGACAACCAUAUCUCUCUAUUUGCGCCCUUCUAAUAAAACUCGAAGAACAGAAAAUUGCCGCCCAAAUCCCUCAAAUUACCAUAAAUUCGCCAUUCUUUAAUUCUCAGAAUUCUACAGGGCUGAGAGAUAAAGAGAGCAGAUAGAAAUGGCUAGAAAAUCUGAAAAAUUUUCUGCAGAUUUUGUAAUGGGAGGGAUGGCAGCUUUGGCAUCAAAAAGUGCUGCAGCUCCAAUUGAAAGAGUGAAGCUUUUAUUGCAGAAUCAAGGAGAGAUGAUCAAGCGGGGCCAACUCAAAAGACCGUACAUGGGCUUUCGUGAUUGCUUUAGAAGAAUCUUGAGAGAAGAAGGUGUGUUGUCUUUUUGGAGAGGCAACCAGGCCAAUGUCAUACGAUAUUUCCCUACUCAGGCUUUCAAUUUUGCAUUCAAAGGUUACUUCAAAAGCCUUUUUGGACAUUCAAAAGAGAAAGAUGGUUACAUAAAGUGGUUUACUGGAAACGUGGCUUCAGGUAGCGCUGCGGGGGCAACAACUUCGCUUCUUUUAUAUCAUUUGGAUUAUGCACGUACCCGGCUGGGGACUGAUGCAAGGGAGUGCCCAAUUAAUGGUCAACGUCAGUUUAAAGGGUUACUUGAUGUAUACAGUAAAACCUUAUCAAGUGAUGGAAUAGUAGGCCUUUAUCGGGGAUUUGGGGUUUCAAUAAUGGGUAUCACCCUGUACCGUGGCAUGUAUUUUGGCUUCUAUGACACCAUGAAGCCCAUUGUUUUGGUGGGAACUUUUGAGGGGAAUUUCUUGGCUAGUUUCCUGUUGGGUUGGUGUAUCACCACAGUCUCCGGGGUCUGUGCAUACCCCUUUGACACUUUGAGACGGAGAAUGAUGCUGACUUCUGGACAACCUGUGAAGUAUCGUAAUGCCUUGCAUGCAUUUCGCGAGAUCAUUCGCCUUGAGGGUUUCACAGCAUUAUACCGAGGAGUUACUGCAAAUAUGCUUGUUGGAAUUGCAGGAGCUGGAGUACUAGCAGGAUAUGAUCAGCUGCACAGAAUAGCAGUUCGUCAUGGUUCUGUUAUUGAGCCACAAAAAAAUACAUUCAACUGAUAUCUUGUACAUUGAAUUGUAGUUUUUUUUCCCCUUCUCCGUAGCUUCAUAAAUUGAUUCUUGCACGCAUUGGUCAUGACAAACUGUGAAAAGAAAGAUAGAAGAAGGAAACGAGGUGCUGGCGUAGAGCAUUUGAUCUUUUAAGGCGGCUUUCGCCCUCAACAGUGAACACCACCAACAGUGUGAAAGGAUAUCUCCAUUGUGCAUUAUUAUAUGUUAAUAUUUUUUGGUGAUGUUAGCAUGGCAUGAUGUUAUAAUUGAAUAUAUUCAUGUAUAUAUUCAUGAUUUUCUGUA